AUGUCUGAAAAAGGAAGAGAUAUCCGAGAAACAAAGCUAGAAAAACCUGAAAAGCAUGUGAAUAAACCAAUUCAAGCGAUUAAAAAAUUGAAGAAUCAUUUCUACAAAUCAAGUAAAAAAAAUAAAUUCAAAGCAACAAGUACCGCUUUAUCAAUCGUCCGAAACGUGGAUGCUACAAGCAAGAUUACUGAUGCAUCACGUACCGCAGAUACACCUCGUAGCGUAAUCUCUCACUCUAUCGAAUCAAUUCAUAACGCUGAACCAUCACAGCAAACAGUUGUCAGUCGUACCGUGGAACCCGUUCAAUCACAUGUUAUAAGCAUUUCCAGCAAUAAUGAUAAACCGAUACGUAAUGUUGAUCUAUCAUCUCCUGGAAUAGUUGUUUCAAGAAAUACGAAUCUUUCACGAAGCACUAAAGUAAUCCGUAAUGGUACGGUUGACUUUCAAACGCCGAACACAUCACGUAACACGAUUGCUAAUAUUUCGCGAAAUUCGAAUAUAUCACGUGUGACAGAUACAUUUGGUGUGAAUAAUUUAUCACGAGAUAUGAAAAUGCCACAUAAUGAAGAAAUGGUUUACAGUAACGAUCUGUCAUGUAAUACGAAAGAAAUUGGUAAAAAUGGAGAGUUAACAGGAAAAAACAUUGAUAUCACUGACGGGAAAUCGCUAAUAAAUGGUCAGAAAUCGUCACCAGAAGUGACCGAUCAAUCAUCACAACUUCGUACAUCGCAAUCACUUUUGAUAAGUGCAGAAAAUAUCAACGCAAUGAAAGCUGAAUUAUCUGAAGAAACGAAAGUAGAAAAAUUGAGUGAUAUAGCGAUCGAGCAACAACUUGCAUCAUUAAAUCAACGUUUAAAAAUACUAAUAGAUGAAAACGAAAAAACAAACAAACGUGAAGAACAGCUUUUCGCGACCAAAAAUCAAAUCCUUGCCAAAAUUGAUAUUGUAAAGAAACAAAUCAGUGAAGCGAUGGAUCAUUAUCGCGAUAUAGCCCAUGCUUGUCAUGAGAAAAUUGAAAAGGAAGAAAUUCGUCAAAAUGAAAUGCUAAUGGAUUUAAAAGAAAGGAUUGAAAAACUUGAUGAUAUGUGUACUGAUAUUAAUAAUCAAGUAGACGAUAUGACAGCAACAUUGAAUACGGCAUAUAAUGCGGGUGAAAGUGAUGCAUUAUAUAUGAUUGCUGCCUGCUCGUAUUCUACAUCAUUACUGACAGCAUCAAAUUCAAUGUCACCGAGUGCUACCAACAAAGAAAAGAAAAUUGACACACUCAUAUCGACCCCUAUAGAUUAA